CAGGAAACCAAGACCUCUGAAUAUUACCGUAUAUCCCACCACCCACUCGAUUACAGGAUAUUAUUAAUGGAUGAAGAUCAGGACCGGAUCUAUGUGGGCAGCAAAGAUCACAUUUUGUCUUUGAAUAUUAAUAAUAUAAGCCAGGACCCUCUGAGUAUUUUCUGGCCAGCAUCAGCAAUCAAAGUUGAAGAGUGCAAAAUGGCUGGCAAAGAUCCUACACAUGGCUGUGGAAAUUAUGUACGUGUGAUACAGACCUUCAAUCGCACCCAUUUGUACGUCUGUGGGAGUGGAGCAUUCAGCCCAGUAUGCACAUACCUCAAUAGAGGGCGCAGGUCUGAGGAGCAAGUCUUCAUGAUCGACUCCAAGUGUGAAUCGGGGAAGGGGCGCUGCUCUUUCAACCCUAAUGUGAACACAGUAUCUGUUAUGAUCAAUGAAGAGCUGUUUUCAGGAAUGUACAUAGAUUUCAUGGGGACCGAUGCAGCAAUUUUUCGCAGUUUAACCAAACGGAAUGCAGUGAGAACUGACCAACACAAUUCUAAGUGGCUGAGUGAGCCUAUUUUUGUGGAUGCUCAUCUCAUCCCAGACGGCACAGACCCUAAUGAUGCCAAAGUGUACUUCUUCUUCAAAGAGAGGCUUACAGACAACAGUGGCAGCACCAAACAGAUUCAUUCAAUGAUUGCUAGAAUAUGCCCAAAUGAUACUGGUGGACAGCGUAGUCUUGUAAACAAGUGGACAACAUUCUUGAAAGCAAGACUUGUGUGCUCAGUAAUGGACGAGGAUGGAACGGAGACAUACUUUGAUGAAUUAGAGGAUGUAUUUCUCCUAGAAACAGAUAACCCUAGAACAACACUGGUGUAUGGAAUUUUUACAACAUCAAGCUCUGUAUUUAAAGGUUCAGCAGUGUGUGUGUAUCACUUGUCUGAGAUCCAAACAGUGUUCAAUGGACCCUUUGCACAUAAAGAAGGUCCUAACCACCAGCUAAUUCCAUAUCAGGGCAGAAUUCCAUAUCCACGACCUGGCACAUGUCCUGGAGGAGCCUUUACACCCAACAUGCGGACAACCAAGGAAUUCCCCGACGACGUUGUGACCUUUAUUAGGAAUCACCCCUUGAUGUUCAAUCCCAUUUACCCAAUACACAAAAGGCCAUUAAUCAUUCGGACAGGAACAGACUACAAGUAUACAAAGAUAGCAGUGGACCGAGUUAAUGCUGCUGACGGACGAUACCAUGUCUUAUUUCUUGGAACAGAUCAGGGGACUGUACAGAAAGUUGUUGUCCUACCCACUAACUCUUCUGCAAGUGGAGAGCUCAUUUUAGAAGAACUGGAGGUUUUUCAGAAUAAUGCUCCCAUAACAACAAUGAAGAUUUCAUCUAAAAAGCAACAGUUAUAUGUGAGCUCGGAUGAAGGGAUCACGCAGGUAUCUUUGCAUCGCUGCCAUAUCUAUGGAACAGCCUGUGCUGACUGCUGCCUAGCUAGAGAUCCUUACUGCGCUUGGGAUGGCAAUUCCUGCUCCAGGUUCUACCCAACAGGGAAGAGGCGGAGUCGUAGACAAGAUGUGAGACAUGGAAAUCCUAUGACUCAGUGCCGAGGAUUUAACUUGAAAGCGUACAGAAAUGCGGCAGAAGUCAUUCAGUACGGAGUGAAAAACAACACCACCUUUCUUGAGUGCACCCCUAAAUCUCCCCAGGCGUCCAUUAAAUGGCUCUUACAGAAAGACAAUGACCGAAGGAAAGAGGUCAAACUUAAUGAAAGGAUCAUAUCGACUGAGCAAGGACUCUUGAUUCGCUCUGUCCAGGAUACUGACAGAGGACUCUACCAUUGCAUUGCGACAGAGAACAGCUUCAAGCAAACCAUAGCAAAGAUCAACUUCAAAGUGUUAGAUUCAGAUAUGGUGGCCUUCAUGACUGACAAGUGGUCCCCCUGGACCUGGGCCAGCUCUGUACGAGCACUGCAGUUCCACCCAAAGGACUUCAUUGGAGCUUUCAGCCAUUCAGAAAUGCAGAUGAUUAACCAAUACUGCAAAGACAGCAGACAGCAAGGACAGCGCGGAGAAGAAUCCCAGAAGAUGAGAGGGGACUAUGGCAAGUUAAAGGCCCUGAUUAACAGCAGGAAAAGUAGGAACAGAAGGAAUCAAUUACCAGGAUCUUAAUUUUUUCAUUUGGAGCCUCAGAUGUGUUUGUUCUCCCUGAAGAGGGCUCUUGUUUGUCUGUUGAGAGCAUAUUAAAAUAAAAAUUAGUAAAGCAUGCCUGAGAAACAUUCUUCUCCCAGUAAAAUGCAGUGUAACUUAAUUACAGAAAAUAUAAAACCAGCAUUUUCUUUGUGAGAUGCUCACUGGCACUGUAUAGGUCCCUAUUGUAGCAGCAAAACUGAAUAUGUACCUUAACCCAUUUGAUAUCCUGAUAUUUACUUGCAGUUGAAGAGAAAGAAAGAAAGAAAAUCAGUGCAUUAAUUUGCAGUUUUGGAAUUGAGCAGAACAGAAGGGGAGAGAGAUAAUUUGGGUUAAGAUGGCUGUUCAAAUGAGGGUGAUGUCCAGGGGUUUCUUGCACUGCAUUUAAGUCUAUGAGUUUCUAAUUGUUUACGGUUCAAUGUUGGGUUUACAAUUUUCAUUCACUGUACAAGUCAUGUGAAUGCAUGAAGCUAAGAAGCUGGCAAAAGUAAAGUACAGUAGAAGUGGAUAGUACAGAAAAAAAAACCCUCAAGGUCAAAUUAAGGUAAAAGUAGGACAAAAAGAGAAAAAUGGUUUUAUACUUCAGGAAACACUAAUUAUUGUUCAUAAUAUGAGCUGUAAUACAUUCUGAGACUUAAUUUACAAAUAUCUCUGCUCAUAUUGACAUCAAAUAGCAUAUUGGCCCUAUAACACUUCAUAGCUUUCUAAGCAACAUGAGGACUCUGAUUAUAGGUAUCAAGUAUCGGGGGUACCCGUGUUAGUCUGUAUCUACAAAAACAACAAGGAGUCUGGUGGCACCUUAAAGACUAACAGAUUUAUUUG